GGGAAAGAACCUAUGAUGAAAAUAAAGUUACGCAACAAGAAGAGAGGAGGGGAUUAUGGAAACGCAACAGGAAGAGAAGCCAGAGGAACAAAAAGCAGCAGAAUGUCUCUUAAUCUCGAGAAGAUGGAUUUACCUCCUCGGCCAGAGCUGUUUGACUUCCAUGGAGUCUCAAUGAUUCCUUGUUUUACAGACAACUGGGAGAACUAUCAGAAUUUUCAGGCAAGACCCGAUGACAUACUCAUUGCAACAUAUCCAAAGGCAGGGACUACAUGGGUGUCAUACAUUCUUGAUUUGCUCUACUUUCGUGAGUCACUUGAGGAUCGUCUGACCACCAUCCCAAUCUAUGAAAGAGUGCCUUUUCUGGAAAUCUGCAUCCCGGGUUUGUUUUCAGGUAGAAAAAUCAGGCUAAACCAGAAUCUUUGAAUAAGGUGUCGAUGUGUAAAGAGACAUUUCUAUUUGAGGACAGUGGUUGUUUCUGGUAUUAUGUCUUUGCAGAUUGUUUACGUGGCUCGCAAUGCAAAGGACAACAUGGUGUCCUUUUUCCACUUUGAUCGCAUGAACAAUAUUCAACCCGAGUCUGGGGAGUGGAGCUCCUUCUUCCAAAGAUUCCUAGAGGGAAAAAUGGUGUUUGGCUCUUGGCACGACCAUGUGAACGGCUGGUGGAAGAAGAAAGAGACUUAUUCCAAUCUCCACUACAUGUUCUUUGAAGAUCUGGUUGAGGAUACUGAAGGUGAAAUAGCCAAACUUUGCUCCUUUCUUGGUUUAUCUCCUUCAACUGAGGAGGUAGAAACACUCUCAAGUUCAGUGCAGUUUGAUAACAUGAAAAAGGACAAGAUGGCCAACUAUUCCACUCUCCCAGUUAUGGAUCAGAAGAUUUCCCCUUUUAUGAGAAAAGGAAAGGUUGGUGACUGGAAGAACCACUUCACUGUGGCUCAGAAUGAAGCAUUCGAUGAAGAUUACAAGAAAAAGACGACGGAUCCCACGUUGAAGUUCCGCACAGAAGUCUGACAAACUCACUGUGUGUUCCAAGAUGUGUCUAGUCCUGCAGUGACUCGGGUUUCUAUAUUAAAAGGUUUACUAUAAUUUAAUGUGAUAAAUGAAAUGUUUUAAUUUCUAGUAAUAGUUACUGCUUUUGUCAAAAUGUCAGACAAGGCUUUUAGUUUUGUUUUCGUCAAGACAUGUCAUAUACCUUUUAAACCGGAUAUAAAUGAUUUUAUACUUUUAAAGAAUUAAAUAUUUGUUGUUGCAAUUUUAUCAGCUUGA